UGGGAGCUUAAGUUUCAGCAACCUUAAGCUUUGAACUAUUUUCUCUCUUUCCCACUUCCCCUUCUCAAAGUCCAACCUCCCACUACCAUUGGAUCAAAUGCAGUCUGAAUUCGAUCCGAUGGUCUUUUAAGCUUUAAGUGAAAUCGACAGGUAACCAAGGGACUUCUCCAACUUAAACAUUUUCUUUGUCCCGUGUUACUUACUGUCUUCACUAGAGAACUUUGCACGUAUUAAGCAAACAUUGUCAAUCAGGAUUCAACAUGGACAAGGUGAUGAGAUUGGCCUCAGAGAAAGGGGUAGUGCUAUUCAGCAAGAGCUCAUGUUGCCUGUGUUAUGCAGUCAAAAUUCUAUUCCAAGAGCUUGGGGUAAGCCCAGUGGUUCAUGAGAUCGACCAAGACCCUGAAGGCAGGGAUAUGGAGAAAGCUCUCACGAGGUUGGGGUGUAACGCGCCUGUUCCAGCUGUCUUCAUUGGAGGAAAGCUGGUGGGCUCCACCAAUGAAGUCAUGUCCCUCCAUCUAAGUGGAGGGCUGAUACCUUUGCUCAAGCCCUAUCAGUUGUGUUAAAUUAAGUAUUUCAAUAUCACACCGAAAGAAUAAAAUUGGCUCGAAUGAAUCAGUAGUCUCUAGUGAGCUGUGUAUUGUGUAGUCUGUGUAGCUUUCUAUAUGUCUCAUGUGCUCUCUGUAGCUUUGAAUUAGCUCUAGCAUGUAAUCUAUUUCUAUUUCUUAUGAAGUUAACUUUAUAUACUUUCUGCU